AUGGGUAACGGAAACAGCACUCCCCUCCAAGACUGUCUCAAUACUGUCUGUGCCAACCAAAUCAACUGUGUCAGGUACCCAGGCGAUCCACUCUAUGCUUGGUGGUCGAUACCGUUCAACCUCGAAUUCCCAGUUGUCCCAGCCGCUGUUAUUCGACCUCAAACCGUCAUCCAAGUCGCCGAAACUGUCAAGUGCGCCACCAAGCAUGGAGUUAAAGUGCAGGCCUUGUCUGGAGGCCACUCCUACGGAAACUAUGGUUUGGGAGGUGUAGAUGGAGCUAUAUCUAUUGAUCUGGACAACUUCAAAGACUUCAGCAUGAACAACAAGACGUGGUAUGCCUCGUUCGGCGCGGGCAUGAAUCUGGGCGAGUUGGAUGAGCAUCUGCACGCAAAUGGGAGACGAGCCAUCGCCCACGGAACAUGCCCAGGAGUAGGCACCGGAGGGCAUUUGACAGUGGGCGGUCUUGGGCCAAUUUCUCGCCAGUGGGGAAGCGCGCUCGAUCAUAUCCUCGAAAUCGAAGUCGUCACUGCCGACGGUACGGUCCAGAGGGCCAGCUAUACCAAGAAUUCGGGUCUGUUCUGGGCAUUGCGCGGCGCCGGUGCAAGUUUCGGUAUUGUGACCAAGUUUAUGGUAAAAACCCACCCAGAACCUGGCAGAGUCGUCCAAUACAGCUACAAAUUUGCCUUCACCUCGCAUGAUAAGAUGGCCAAGUUGUACAGAGAGUGGCAGGCCGUGGUGGGAGAUCCAGACAUGGACCGUCGAUUUUCGAGCCUAUUUAUCGUUCAACCUUUCGGAGCACUCAUCACCGGGACAUUCUUUGGCACAAGAUCCCAAUUCAUGAUAACCGGAAUCCCUUCUCGACUGCCUGGAACAUUCAGAAGUAAUGCAUGGAUAACGGACUGGGCGGCCCUUUUACUUCACGAAGCAGAGGCAGCUGGAUGUGCUUUGGGCAGUGUACCAACAGCAUUUUAUGGCAAAUCGCUAUCUCUCAGUGAGCAGGAUUUACUCAGCGACAAGGCAAUUACCGACCUCUUCAAAUACUUGGAGGAGAAACGCAGUGAAUUGGCAGCUGUUACAAUCAUUUUCAACUCUGAGGGCGGCGCAAUGAUGGACAUACCUGCUGAUGCGACGGCAUACCCGCACCGAAACAGUAUCAUCAUGUAUCAGUCGUACGGCAUCGGAGUGGGGAAAGUGUCGGCAGCGACACAGGAACUCUUGGACGGAGUUCAUAAGCGGAUCCAACGGUCGGCUCCGGGCGCCCACUCCACUUACGCCGGGUAUAUCGAUCCUUGGGCGGACCGAAAGGCGGCUCAAAAGCUUUACUGGGCGGACAACCUACCACGAUUGCGGGAGUUGAAGAAGGUGUGGGACCCAACGGAUGUCUUUCACAACCCGCAAAGCGUUGACCCGGCCUAA